GAGGGCGUGCGGAGCGAUGGGGGAGCCCCCCCAGGGUCGCUCCCAGCCCGGUGGGGUCACGCUGUGGCCCAGGGGGUGCAUGGGGACGGGGCGUAUUUGCACGAGGGUCGUGUUUGGAAGGGGAGGGGAGGCGAUGUCGCAUUGGCUUGGGKACACCGGGAUCGUGCUUGCACGGGGACGGAUCACACCUGCACCAGGGCUGUGCUUGGCUGCGGUUGUGUUUGCACCAGCGCCGUGUUUACACAGGAAUGGGUCCCACCUGCACUGGGGCGGUCUGUGCACAGGGACGGAGCUCAUUUGCACCAGUGUCGUGUUUGCACAGGGACGGUGACAUUUACACGAGGGUCCCUUUUGCACCAAGGACGCCACUUGCACGUCAUUGUGUUUGCACAGGGCCGGGUCACAUUUGCACCAGGGCUGUGUUYGAUGGGUACAGUGGCAUUUGCAUGGGGACGGUGGUCACAUUGCUGCGGGGAGAGUGACACUUGCACGGGGCUGGUGACACUGGCGUGGGAAUGGUCAUACUUGCACGGGGAGAGACCCUGGGCACGGGGUCGGUGGCACUGGCACAAAAAUUGUAAUCCUUGUGCGGGGUCAGUGACACUUCCACGGGGUCAGUGACAGUUUCACCUGGAGGGUGACACUGGCACGGGGUCGAUGCCACUUUCAUGAGGAGGGUGGCACCGGCGCGGGAUUGGUGACASUGGCGGGGGGGUGAUCACAUUUUCACGGGGUGGGUGACACGGGCGCGGUGUCRGUGACACUCGGCGGGGUCGGUGACAAUUUGGCGGAGUCCCGGCGCUGUCCGUGGUGCUGCCCCGCGGCCCCGCCUCCCGCCGGCAGAGGGCGCCCUUUGGGGCGGGGUGGGGCUGUGCAGGGUUCGGGGUCUCAGCGGUGCCCCCGAGUCACCCCCGCCCCGCUGGGCCCUGGCGCUGCCAGGGGGGCGCUCGGUUCGCUGCCAGCAGUUGGCUUCGGGGGUAAGGCCGCUGGCCGGGCGUCCCGCCGAGGGGCUGUGGGGGAGCUCUCCUCUCCCUAGGAAGCGCCAUGGGCCCCCCCGGACCCCCUCACACCACCUAGACGCAUCUCCAGCCAGCAGCACCUCCUAACCCUGAGGGCAGCAGGAUGGCCCAGCAACGCCACACUGUCCCCCCGCCGCUCAAGACGGAGGAGGACUACAUCCCCUACCCCAGCGUGCACGAGGUGCUGGGCCGGGAGGGGCCGUUCCCCCUCAUCCUCCUGCCGCAGUUUGGGGGUUACUGGAUCGAGGGCACCAACCACCAGCUGAGCGGGGCCCCUGACUCGCCCCCCAUCCCUGUACCCGGCACWCGGGCAAAGCUGGAGGGCAACCACACAGCCAAGAUCUACCGCAAGCACUUCCUGGGCAAGGAGCACUUCAACUACUACUCCCUGGACCCAGCACUGGGCCACCUCGUCUUCUCCCUCAAGUACGAYGAGCAGGAGCACCUCCACCUGCUGCUGCGCACCCGCACCCGCACCCUACACGAUGUGGUGCCCAUCUCCUGCCUGGCUGAGUUCCCCAACGUGGUGCAGAUGGCCAAGCUGGUGUGCGAGGAUGUCAACGUGGAUCGCUUCUAUCCCGUGCUCUAUCCCAAGGCRUCCCGCCUCAUCCUUGCCUUCGAUGAGCACGUGCUCAGCAACCACUUCAAAUUUGGGGUCAUCUACCAAAAACUGGGGCAGACCUCCGAGGAGGAGCUUUUCGGCACCACAGAGGAGAGCCCAGCCUUCACUGAAUUCCUUGACGUCCUGGGUCAGCGGGUGCAGCUGCGGGACUUCAAGGGGUUCCGAGGGGGRCUGGACGUGACCCACGGGCAGACGGGCAGCGAGUCAGUCUAUUGCCACUUCCGUGACAAGGAGAUCAUGUUCCACGUCUCCACCAAGCUGCCCUACACCGAGGGGGACACCCAGCAGCUGCAGCGGAAGCGUCACAUUGGCAACGACAUCGUGGCCAUCGUCUUCCAGGACGAGAACACGCCAUUCGUCCCUGACAUGAUCGCCUCCAACUUCCUCCACGCCUUCGUGGUGGUGCAGCUGGAGCAGGGAGGCACCCAGGGCACCCUCUACAAGGUCUCCGUCACCGCCCGUGAUGAUGUGCCCUUCUUCGGGCCGCCGCUGCCCGACCCCGCGAUCUUCAGGAAGGGCCCCGAGUUCCAGGAGUUCCUGCUGACGAAGCUCAUCAAUGCCGAGUACGCCUGUUACCGCGCCGAGAAGUUCGCCAAGCUGGAGGUGCGGGCACGGCGGRGCCGGGGUGGGCACGGGGUGCUGGGGCCACCCAGAGGUGCUGGGCAAGCCGUGGGGCACGACACGAGGCUGUGGAUGUGGGGGCCGUGGGGGCCGUGCCCACCGUGGGUCCUGUACCCACCAUGGGGGCUGCACGGGYGGUCACUGCCGCCGCUUUCCCGCAGGGACGGCCCCGGCGCCCCCGACGGCUCCAGCUCCACACACAGCUCCCCCGAGAGCCGCCGAAACCCCGACAGGGCCGAGAAGCCGGAGCCGCCGGAUUUGUCCCGCUCGUCGUCCAGCGCCAGCAGCUUCGGCAGCGCCGCAGAGGAGCCCGGCGAGCCCGGACGGGAGAGCCGCUCGCCCUCGGGGAGCCACCGCGACGCCUUCACCGACACCCCCUGGCCGGAUGACCCCCCCGAGACCCCCCCAGGCCGCCGCCCACCUGACCCCCCCUGCCCCGAGAUCAAAAUCCAGCUGGAGCAGCCCCCCCACAAUCCGGUAGGGCAGUGCCCCUCCAUCACCAGUGUGCUCCAGUAUGGGGGUGCCCACGCUGGGGUGCCCCCACUGAUGUCCCUCUCACAGGGCUCAUAGUCACCCCCCCACUCGUGGGGGGUCACCGCUUCGCCCCCUCCGUUGCCAUCCCCGUGCCAGGAGCUGAAGCCAUCGACCCGGUGCAGGAUUUGGGGGGACCCCUAAAAAAAAUUGGGAUGUGUCCCCCUCCAGACAAUCUCUGUCACCGCAAAUACCCCUCGGGUGGGGGGGUGAUGCACCAUGAAGGGUUCCCCCUCUGUUGUGACCCCCAAAAUGAAGAAUGGGUCCAACCCCAGCAUCAUCCCUUCCCUGAAAAGAAAGAGGGGGCUCAAAUCCAGGGUAACCCCAAAGUGGAGCUCCCCCUUCCCCUCCCCCCCUUUAUUUUAAGGGAAAAAAGUUCCAGAAUGGGACAGAGACUGGGG